AUGGAUGUCCUUUCUAUCGUUUCGCAGCUGGAUACCCUAGCCCGCGCGAUAGAGUACCUGAAAGACCCAUCCAAUCCCACCUUUCAUCUUCAGAACUUUAUUGAAAAUGAAUUCCUUGAUUCUGAGCACACAUCGGACUGGAUCAAUUCGCUUUCCCCUCGCUCAGGUGAAAUCCUUCUGAAGUUGCCUCGCACUUCCCCAAGUGUCGUGGACUACGCAGUCAAUGUCGCAUCUCGGGCACUUCAAGCAUGGUCUCAAACCACCCCUCAGAAGAGGUCUGAGGCUCUGCUCCGAAUUGCAUCAAUUCUGCAGCAAUGGAAAGAGGUCUUUGCGGUCUGGGAAAGCAUUGACCAAGGCAAGCCUCUUCUGCGCGCGCAGGCUGAAGUUGACUACGCUAUUGAACACUUCCGAUACUUCGCCGGAUACAUUCUGCACCAUGAGAGCGCAGUGCGUCUCAACAAAGGCCGAGAAGAAUCGACUCUGACGUACGAACACCGCGUCCCGGUGGGAGUUUUCGCUAUUAUCGCUUCCUCUAACAUGCCGCUUUACAUUUUGACCUCCAAGAUCGCCGCUUGUCUCGCCUUUGGAUGUACCGGUGUCGCCAAGCCGAGCGAAUUGACCAGCAUGACCGCCUUCUUGCUGAGCGAAGUGCUCCGACAGGCCGAACUACCAUCCGGCGUUAUGAACAUCAUUUUCGGAGAUGGACCCAACACCGGCUCGACCCUCGUGAAAUCGCCGCUCGUGCGAGGAAUUUCGUUCACUGGAGGAAAGCAAACCGCAAUUCAGAUUCGAAAGGACACUGCCACCGAAAUUGACAAGCACUUGUCUCUCGAGGUCCAAGGAAUUAGUCCAACUCUGGUCUUUGCCGAUGUCAAUAUCGACGACGCGGUUUCUGCGGCAGUUUUUGCGGCGUUUGAGAACAGUGGACAACUCCGUCUGGCCGGUUCUCAGAUCCACGUCCACCGAUCGAUUUACAAUACGUUUCUGGCCAGGCUCACUAAGCAUGUCCUCCACCAUUGCCGGUUGGACAAGGAACUCGGCCCGGUUGUUUCUCAGGAGCAUUACGACAAGGUUCGAUCUUACCUUUUACAGGCUAGUGAAGAAAAUGCUUUGCUUGAAGUUGGAAAGAUCCCUAGGGAGAUUUCGAAGGAAGGGUUCUGGGUCAAUGCCACGGUCUUGAGCAACGUCAGCAAGGAUACCAUUGUGGGACGGGAGGAGAUCUUUGGACCUGUGGCGACUGUCUUUUCAUUUGAUAAGGAAGAGGAAGUUGUCAGGCUGUGCAACGAAAAUCCCAACGUGAUGGGGGCUGUUGUUUUGACUGAUGAUCUAUCCCGGCAGAAACGACUUGGAGAACAUCUGGAUGCAGGCUUGGUGUGGGGGGGCUGCUGGCUUGGUCGUGAGCUUGGGGCCGGAUUCACCGACAUCAGGGCGACUGGCAUGGGGCGUGAAGGAGGUGCACAUGGUCGGGAUGUCUUCACACGUUUGCGGGCAUUGCACCUUCCGUCUUACUAG